CUAAUGUUUAAAGUUGCCAUAGUAACUGUGUUCCGAGAACUUGUCCGGCCCGAAAAUCGGUUUGACAUUCGUUCCGCUGCUGCAAUCGCUCGUGGGGAAACAGCCCCGAGUUUUCGUUUGGCAGGUGCUUCUGAGCUAGCUUUAUCGAAGAGAGACGCACAUGGAGGAAGUUUUACAUUCCCCACAACUAGGUUUAGAUUUUAUCGGCAACAAAAUGGGAUAUCCGCUACUGCUAUUAAAGUGAAGAGAGGAACUGACAACAACAAGAAGCUAACGACAGACGCUGUACGAAGAGGAAGGGAAAACUUCGCAGCUGAGCGGAACAGUGUGUUCUGAAGCCGUGUUAAUAAUCAUGGACGCCGUGGUGAAAUUCACCAGCCAAAGCCAAGGGAGAGACCGUAUAUUCAGAGCCACCCAGUAUGCGUGUGUACUGUCCAUCCAUUUACUACGAAACAACCCCGACAGAAAGGACCUGGUGGCCAGACUUAAAAGUUUGGAAAGUAGUGUCAGUGCUGGACGAAAACUGCUCAGGCUGGGAAACGCAGCCAACUCCAUUGUGGCUGCUAAACAAACCGUGCGACUCUCCGACCGGGUGCUGUGCCUGUGCCUCACCGCGGCCAACGUCAGCCGGGCCCUCUACUUUAUCUGUGACAACGCAGUGUGGGCCAGAGGCGUGGGUCUGAUCCGCAGCAUCGACAAGGAACGCUGGAGCGUUAACGCCUCUCGUUGCUACCUGUUCUCAUUAGUGAUGAAUCUGACCCAAGACCUGUAUGUGAUUCUCCAGCUGAUGCUACAGAAAGGGAGAGAUAACCGUUUCAGAUCGAAAAUGGACCAGCAUCUCAACGAAUGUCCCGAUGUGGCUGAAGUCACGAUCCCUGAGCUGGAUGCCCUCGUUUUCCUGCUCCUGGAGACCCUAAGAUCCGAACCGACCGUCGCCUUGGACACUGUGAAAAACGCCUGCGAUCUCUUCAUUCCCUUAGACAGGCUGGGCAUUUACAAGUCAAGUGCAGGCGUAGUUGGAUUUUGCGGGCUGGUAUCUUCCCUGAUCGGCAUUUUAACCCUCGCACGACCUAGUUUAAGGAUUAAGCAUUGAUAACGAGGGUGGAGUCAGACCAAAGGUUGAAGAGGAACAGCAUUUGUUUUUUUGACGAUACAAGCUAGCAAUAGCAGGAACGUUUAUACAUUUCUGUGAUAACUGUUUGUUUUGUAGCAGAAUAUGGUUUUACUUUAAAAUGGUUAAUCUCUAAUAAUAUAGUGGGAGGUGCACCAAUCAGGCUUUUCCUGUCAGAUCAGUGUUAGUUUCAUCUGAGUUCUAGGCUGCCAAUUCAGAUUUUGUUUUCCUCAGAGAGAGAAAAUUAAGAUAAUCUCCCUUCAUGCAUCAAAGCACGUACCUAAUCUGUCUAAUUUUAUUAUUCUUGUGGAAGACAAAAUGUCUGCUGUUGGUUGAUGUGUUUAUGGACCAAAAUUGUGAGUAAUUUUUCCCCCCCCGACACACUUAAGUUGAGAUUUUUAGUAAUCAAGCUGCCAAUCGAGGCAACAUUUUCUAACUGAUCUCUGACAGGCUAAUUGGUGCAUCUCUAAAUAUAAUUAACAGCAAUCUCCUUUAGGAAAUGUUGUUUAAACAAUGUGUUUAAGAUCUAAGACUUGACCUUUUUGCGUCCCUGUCUUCUACACUGCCAACAGCAUCACAGCUGAUAAUCAUAGUAAUAUGAAAAAAGGGCUUGUUUCUAAUGCCAGUUUGGCUGCUUUAGAAAAUGUGUAACAUUUUUAUCUGGGUGAUUGUUGGGAGGUUGCUGGUCAUUUGGCCCUUUUGCAAUUUCAUACUUUUGCAGUAUAUUAGAUUUUGCACCUAACUUGACUAUGCAGGAUUUCCAGACCAUGCUGCUAUUUGUACCCACCUACUGGGUGUUUGUACCCAUUUAGGAAACGUAUGAUUAUCAGUAAUUUUUAUGCUCCGUACUCAAUCUAAAGGAGGGAAAUGAGAUUGUGUGACUAUUAAGUAUCAGCAGAAUGUUACUCAGUUAUUUUGGUUUGAUCAGUGGUCAUAAGUUUGCGUUUAUUUCACAACGAUUGGCCUUCAGCGAGCAAUGAAAAUGGAGAACAAAAAAAAAAUGCUUUAAAAUGUAAGGACAAGUAUUCAAUGGUAAUAUAUCUCCGUAUUUGAUGUGGAUGCAUACUGAAAUUGAUAAAAACUUGAGGUAUGCUGACCAAGAGCUGCGGCGAGCUGGGGGAUCGUUAUUGUUCACCCCACUGCCUCUGCCGUGCUCGUUGUUUUGUGAUUAAAAUGCUGCUAAAUUGAUAUGAAUGAAAAUUAAGUGCUUCUCAACCACAUGAGGGAAAGCGUUUCGAUCUGUUUUGUGCCACUGAAGCAAUCUGUUGGAUGUUAACUGCUUAUACUGCUGAUAUUUAGUCAGCUCAGAGAGAAGUAAUAUGAUUUAGAGGAAAAACGAUGCACAGCCCAUUUUUUUUUUUUUUUUAAAGAGUUUGAGCUGUAAAUACUGUGAAAUACUUUGUUUACAACUGAGUGUCUUAGAGUUUUUCCACACGUUUUCUGUUGCUGUGUCUAAUCAUUUCAGGAGUAGAAUAACACUGACCCCUUCAGGACGCACGACACCAUGAACAAUUGAAGAGCUUUUUAUUUUCAAUUUCACUGAGACAAUACAUUUUGUUGUAAAAGAUCAUUUUCAAGAGGAUGACGUGAUAAAGCAUCCAGAUAUUGCAAAAAUACAGUAUAUCCCAUUGUCUCUUUUACAACGGUUUAGUUUGGCCGUGCAAAGAACGACUGAGCGAUGCACCGAAUAAUCCCCAAAAAGAAUGUACAGACGUACAAAGCAAUAAAUAAGUUUGUUCCAAACAGAUAAGAUGCAUUAAUAUAUGACAAAAGCUUUUGGUUCACAUUUCCACUAGUGUGUUGUUUCUAGUACCAGAGAUGUAUUAAAGCACACCUUGAAAGGAAAAAUGUACCAAGCUGGAAGAUCCAAUAAAACCAAAAUCUAGACUUUUGCUUCAAAAGCACAUGGAAGCAGAUACGUGGCUUUGAUUUAGUGCCCAAAUAAGCCUUCAAUUCAUUAAGGCCAAGUCAGUAUCGCCGAAAAACGUAAUCUAAUUUAUUAAAUAUGCCUUUUACCAUAGUUUGUGCAUUUUAAAAAGGCAUCUUUUCUGAUCAUUUCAAAGUAGGAUAGACAAAGCACUUUCAAGAAAGUGGCAACAGUGUCAAACUAUGGAUUUGAAAUUACGUUGUUGAAUUAUCGUGUCAUGGAUCAGUCUGCUUUCUGAGUGAAAGGCACCUUCAGUAGUUAGCCCCUGGAACAGGUAAAAAAAA